AUGAGUGUCAUUGAGAAUAGGUCGACUUGGCUAUAUUUUCUAGAUGUGCUUAGGCGUAAGUUUCUGAGUGCACAAUAUACUGACAUAAGAAAAGACAAGUUUCUUGAUUUGGUUCAGGGGAAGAUGUCGAUAUCUGAGUAUGAGGUGGGAUUUUUCUAUUUGAUCAAGUAUGUUAAAAAUAUAGUUUUGACAGAGCAGGAAUGGUUUAAGAGGUUCAAGGAUGGUCUUAAGAGGGAUAUUUAUGAGUAUCUGGUUACCGAUUCUUCAAUGGUGUUCAAUACUUUGUUUGGGAGUUCUCUAGAAAGAGACUGGGUGAUGUUAGUUCCUAGAGUCUUCAGUCGAAGAGAGGUUGAGGUUUUGAUCAUCAUAAUUCUCUUCAGAGGUUAUCCUAAAAGGGUUGAGUUACGUGAUUGUGCUCUUUUUCCUGCCAUAGGAGAUGAACAUGCUGGUGCUAGUGGUCCGAUGGUGACUGAGGCAUUAAAAGAAAGUGCACUUGUAGAUCAAGUGUAUUGUAGGUUUUUCUUGGUUAUUGAAUGUAAGGUGUUUCCAUCGGAUUUGAUAGAGUUGUCGUUCCAUGGGUUCGAUGUUAUUUUGGAUAUGGAUUCAGUUCAUGAGCAUUGUGUGCACUUGGAUUCCGAGUUGUCUCGUUCGAUCUUGAAGACGUCAGAUGAAGUUGUGAUCGUGAUUGUUGAGAAAAGGUUAAUGAAUGUGACUGUUGCUUUCAUGGAUCUAAUGAAUCUUGUGUUUCAUAUUUAUCUCAAUCAUUUUGUGGUGAUAUUUUUCGAUGAUAUCUUGGUGUAUUCAUGUUCGGAGGUAGAGCAUGAUUCACAUCUUAGAAUUGUCUUACAAGUGUUGAGGGAAAAGAAGUUGUAUGCGAAGUUUUCUAGGUGUGAUUUUUGGUUGAGUGAGGUAGCGUUCCUUAGGCAUGUUGUUUUAACUGAGGGUAUUUGGGUUGAUCCAAAUAAGAUUAAGGUGAUAGCCGAGUAG